AUGUUCUCUCGCUCGCGACAAUCCGAUGCCAAGCGGCUAAGCGCAUCACGGUCCAACCCAAAUGGCCUGGCGUCUGGUGAGGAAGCAUUGACUGCUGGCAGUUCGACUGACAACCCGGCCUACACAUCCACCACCAUGCAUGUCGGUAACACGGUGCCCCUGCGCAUCCGAUCGCCAGAGGUGCCGACAAUCACCACCUCAGGCGGAACGCCACUCUCAUCAUCUACAUCUACAGCGAUUGCAAAUAGUUUCUUUCAGCCCGCCGUGCCCGUACAAACCGCUUCGUUCGCAUCGACGCCUUGUCCUCCGCAUAUCGUGCCGGCCGAACCAUUCGAUAUCCCCAACCAGAACUUCUCAAUGACAUCACUCGAUAGCUUUGGCGCCAUCUCGAUGGCUGGGUCUACCACCGUGGCCGAGGAUGGCAGUAACAAUGGCUCGCGCUUUGGCAUGAGCCCUCCCUCGUCCAUGCUGGUGGCACCCAGGGGAAAGCUUUCGUCCGCCUCGAUCCGCAGUCAGAGAAACUGGGAUCAAUUCGAGGGCAAGCCCGUCUCGCCAUUACCGAGCCCAGCCGUUGAUACCGAGCAUGAGCAAGCUCACGACAUGUUUGACGUUCCCAUCGCAUCCGGCUCCAGACACACAUACCCGCAUGCACACACCAAUGGCUUUAAUGCUUCGACAAUCCAAGCUGCUCCCAUGAGGGAUGCGCCCGCCGAGUCUGUCUCGAGCGCGACCGAAGCAAAAUCAGCGGUAACCCCUAAACCAGUAACACAGCCGCAAGGCUCGAGUCGCAACUGGUCCUUUUUCAACUCGAUCUCCUCUGGGCCGUCGGUCGCUCGCGCGCCGAGCAUCAAGACGUCGUUUCCUGCCACCCGAGCCGAGCAAUAUGGCAGCAGCGACUCGUUUCCUCCUCCUACUCCGCUCGGUGCUGCGGCGACUAGGAGCGCAACCGGUGCCACCCUUCCCGCUUAUGUUCAAAGUGCAAGAUUGCCGUCUGCAGAUCUUUCCAACCGAACUCGGCUGCCGUCCAGACUACCAUCGUUGCCAGCAGACUCUGCGACGAUCGGCGGUACCGGUCCAUCCAAUACGAGGUCGACCUCGACGCUCUACUCGCAACAGCAGCAGCAACCCUCGGGCUACCUACGACAUGCGCGCAUCAGCAGCGGAGAAUCCAGUAUGUCGAUCGAAGCCGGUCUAUACUCACCGCUUUCGGCUGUGGAAUCCCAAUCUGCCGGAGAGUUUUCCGGCCUCACCUCAACGUCGCAGCUUUCAUUAUCGGGCAUGUCGGACGCACCUAGCGCCACGCUCGAUGGUCUGCCGCCCAACGUGCCCUGGGCGCCCGAGAGUCCGCACAGGAUCCGCACUAGAAGCCAGCUUGUGCUGGACGACGACCGCAGCGCUCAGUCAUCCCCUUCGUCGGCUGUGCCCGCCCGAAACGAGCACAGGAGUUGGAGGGAUGCUGGCGAUGCUUCAACAGACUCAAUCAGUGCCGUAAUCUCUCAUGUUGGACAACGAUCGAGUCCAGCGCAAUCCCGCGCCGUUCUGUAUCCUACCCCAGGCUCAUCAACACGAAGUACCAAUGGGGCAAGUCUCACAAGUGGUGCAGACGGCCCGAACAAUGCGCAGAGCGAACCAGAGCCAAACUCAGCGAAGAACCACAGUGACCGCAGAAGUCGCCAAGGGCCGUCGGAAUCGGCCACAGAAAGCAGCAUCUCGCCCACCCCUUCCAGUCGCGAAAAGCCAAGUCAGCCUGCCAUCCCCGAAUCACGAGAGGAAGAGGAGGAGGGCGAUAACAUCGGACCGUACCGCAUAGAAAAGACGCUAGGCGUAGGCGCUUUCAGCCGUGUCGCUCUCGGACGAUUGAUACGUGAGCCUACUGGCGGCAAACCCGAAAAGAUGAUCGCGACGUUACCUGAGCUUCGUCAAAGGGCGCUCCGAACAACGGACGUAGCACGCGAGACAGACGAGCUGGUAGCGCUCAAGAUGCUGGAUCGCGAGCCAUGCAACAAUAACGAGCGACUCAAGGUCAGUUGGGUGCGAGAGGUCGAGGUGCUCAAGCACAUUUCGCAUCCAAAUCUUGUGCGCUUCAUCUCUUCGUUCAGCACGCCCCUGCAUCACACGCUUGUGCUCGAGCGCGUCGCUGGCGGUGAGCUUUUCGAUGCCAUCAUGUCGAACUUCGACCAGUUUGCACAGCGCGAGUGGCUGGUUCGCGUCAUCUACAUGGAGCUCGCCAAUGCGAUCGGAUGGAUGCAUCACGUCAACCUCGUCCAUCGAGACAUUAAGCUGGAAAACAUUCUGCUGACCGUCGACCUAUUCGCAGCAGCCGCAGCCGCAGCCACCACCGUCAGCACCCAGGGGAAAGCAUCGUCGACUGAGCCCUUGCGCCCACAUCACCUUCCGACGGGACCACUGAUCAAGCUGACCGACUUUGGCCUUUCGAGGUUUAUCGACCCAUCCAAUCCGUUUCUGGAGACUCGAUGCGGGUCGGAAGAGUAUGCAGCGCCAGAACUCAUCAUCGGAAAAAGGUACGAUGGCCGCAAGACGGACGCGUGGGCACUGGGAGUGGUGCUGUACGCGCUCAUCACGGGCUCGCUGCCAUUCAUGGAGGACGUCCAGGUCGGCGUCAAUGGCGCUAGAGAAGGCCACGGCGAGCAACGCGAUCCCAAGCAGCGAAAGCGCCAUCUGCUCCGCAUCGCCAAAGGAGAUCUGCGAUGGCCUUCACCCGCCAACGAUGCCUGUGCCGACCAGCCGGACCCCGCCGUGUGCUCCGCCAGCCUGCGUCUCGUAACGCCGAUGGCCAAGGCUAUGGUGGCACGCCUCCUCCGACGCGACUCGACCAAGCGAGCGACACCAUGGGACACCUGGGACGAGCCGUGGCUGCUGGGGGGCAGUUUUGGUUAUGCCACGCAGCCAGCAUCGGCAUUCGCAGCAGCAGCAGCAGCAGCAGCAGGCAGCAGCAGUAGCAGCGGCGGCGGCCAACAGAUUCCCAACGAGGCCUCGGCCGCCGGCCAGCCGCUCGCUCUACAUCCCGACCCACGCUCGCAGCAGGGUCAGCUCUGGCUCGAGACGCACGCCGCCGUCCGCCAAGACGAUGUCGCACCAGUUGCUCGCGACGAUUGA